AAAGUCGAGAGGCUGGUAGCGGGCGGCUCGGCGGCACAGAAAGUGUGCUCGACAAACAGCGAUGGACGGCCGCAGCUCUAGACUAGACUGGUAGAGGCGAAGGGAGAGGGACGGUUAGGAGAGACGAACAAUGUCGCGUUCAGCAGGGAGAUUGAUGCGCCGGAACAGCAUGCUCGUCGUCGACGCUGCUGCUGCUAGCUCCGAAGCUACCUUUAGCUGCUUGGCCGAUGCUCUGGCUGCUGGCGAUUGGGUGGACACGACAGCUGUCAGCCCAGCUUGUGCGAAUCAGCCACGCUGUCUUGUCUCUGAUAUGUCUCUGAUAUGCGUCUCUGAUAUGCGUCUCAUCCCACGGCCAGUUGCCCUGUCCACUCACUGGCCAGCAUGUGACUGCAUUUCUCCGCCUUCUAGACUUGGGAAUGGGAUGCGGUCGGAACAUGCAUGGGAGUCGGUAGCGAGACGACUUUGGGCUCCAGUAUGCGAGCAUCAUCCCAGCUGUUCUCGUUAUAAUGCAUGCAAACUGCCCUGUCCACCAGCAAGUUGUUCAAGGUGGUGGCCUUACUCUACAGAAAAAUAACAUAGUUCGUCAUUACAUAUUGUGUACAAUGGAGUGGUGACAGUUCCCGCUGUGACUAGGAUAUAUU